AAACACAAACAGCAGGGGUUCAGUCAGGUGGUCCAUAUAAUCAAACCAUCAAACCAAACCAAUUAACAUUUCUACAAAGGAGGAGACGGAGGAGGAGCCUAAACCCAUGUCGAUGAUGAUGGCAAUAAGAAGGGCUGCUUUCGCCACGGGUGGACUGAGAAGCCUUUCUACUUUCAGCCCAAAUUUCACUUUCAGAUCGCCGCCGCCGACGGUCCAACCCGAGAAGCCGCCGCCUCCGGCUGAACCCUCCACUAAUCUCUUCGUCUCAGGGCUUAGCAAACGGACCACCCCAGAAGGGCUUCAAGAAGCCUUCUCAAAGUUCGGUCAAGUGAUUCACGCUAGGGUUGUGACUGAUCGUGUAUCUGGAUACUCCAAGGGGUUUGGUUUUGUAAAAUACGUUACCACUGAGGAGGCCGCUCAGGGCAUAAAGGGUAUGGAUGGUCAGUUCUUGGAUGGGUGGGUUAUAUUUGCAGAGUAUGCCCGACCUAGAUCCCCACCUACUUGAACUCUGAAUUUCCACCAAUGACUGACUGACUGCCUGACAUACAUAACCAACCAACAGGUUCAUAAACUGUUAGAUAUAUUGGAUGGUAUGUUGAGAUUUCAGAUCAUCAUCAUCAUCACCCAAUUAAAGAUUAGAACUUGCUGCCAUAUAACCUGUUUAUAAGUUGAAGAACUAUGUCUGUCCUAGUCUUUACUUAUCACACAUUUUUGCAUUCAAUGAAUUAAAACAAUGAUUGUAUUUUCCAUAUUAUAUUUUGUAUGAUAAUCAUAUGAAAUGGAUCAUUCAAAUAUUUUAUGUAA